CUGAAUACAGAGUUGCAUUUGGUUGUUGUUAUUAAUGGUGGCCAUAUUUACAUUUAGCUAAGUGUGGCUAAUUUUUUAUUGAUUUUUUUCACACCAAUUACAGUUAUCAGUGUUGAAUUGAUAAAAAAAAUACAUAAAUUAUAAUUUUAUUAAAGCAUUCUCGAAAAAUCAAAACCAAACAUUUUGUAUUAUCUAAUUUAAAGUCUUCAAAAGCUACAAGUGCUGAUUUGUGGUGUAUUUUCCCACUCUCAUUAAUUUUCUUAAGGCCUGUUGCAUAUUUUUUUAACAGUCACUUUGAAGUCCCUAAGCAGCAACAUAGGGCUCGCCGAGACCGCUCUAUUGGACAUCAUGGCUGCCAAUAUACAACAGCAGCGCUUAAUUAAUGAACAAUUAAGACGCGAGGUGGAAAUAUCAAGAGCCCGUGUCUCUGACUCCUGCAUGUUAAUGAUGAAAUACAUGUCGGAACAUGAAAAUGAAGAUUGUCUACUAACCGGUUUUACUAGUCAAAAGUUGAAUCCUUUUAGGGAGAAAAGUUCCUGUAGUGUUUUGUAAAUUGACCGUUUAAAAUUGAUUGAAAAAAAACUUAACAGUUCCUAACACUUCUAUUAAAGGAUUUUUGAAAAA